UAAACCAGUAAAUGUCAAGGAAACUGAGUGGUUGUUGAGCUUGAGGAUGAAUGUAACUCAAUUAUUUUAAUUAAAUAGCCGAUAAAUAACUAAACGGUCAUUUGGCUGUAUCUUUGCCACACUUUUGUGUAAUAAAACUUGCGAUGUAUCAUAACAGGCACUGUCUGCAAAGUUAUAAGCAACUUUAGUUUGUUCUAAGUGUUUUUAAACUUGGUUUUCAACACCUGAUCAUUUGACAUGUAGAUUUUUCUUUAUAUAUUAUUAUUAUAUUACUUUAUAUAUUUAUAUAAUAUAUUUGUGGGUUUCUAUUUGUACUCCAUUUUCAUUUGUAAGUCUGGCUUUAGCAAUUACCCCCUGUAGCUGUGUCUAGGAAAGAGUGAUGUUGCUGAUUAUUCUAUGAGGAUUGACAAAAGCUUGAGGUGAAAUGUUGCUCUUGAGUCUGUUUAAGAUGCUUUUGUACCUUUUUUCACUUUGCAGAUGUAAAAUUUUUGAUAGACGUUUGUGGGUGUGUUGAUCUCAGUGUGCGGACAAAAAACGAUUAAAAUUGUGUUAAUAAACUUUUUUUUAAAUGAGACACCGUGUCAUUAUUUAUUAUCAUAUAUACAUAUUUUUGAAAUAUCAUUAGUUUUUAGCGAUGAAUUGAACUUUUGUCCAACAAUUUGGAUUGUAUUAUGUAGAGAGGUAAUGUUAACCACAGCGCACGCGGUCAGAUCGUGUCCGGUGCCAUAGCAACGCUGGUAAAACCUUUAAACUGCAAAUAAACAACUAAAAUAAAUGAUCAAUAACAUCUAGUGCCGCACUUUAAAAGUAAAAACACGUUAGAAACGCUUAAUUUGUGUAUAUUGUGGUUUAACUGUAAUGUGUUAUCUUGUUGAUCUUGGGUGAGUCGUUACGUCACACAGAAAGUCUUUAUAACCCACGCGCAGCGACAGAAGCUUCAUUUCUCUUCUCUUCUCUGCACGCGACGGUUGUGUCUGCUGAAAAACGGCAUAAAUCGUGUGGAAAUGGCGAAAGCUCGACGCCCUCGGCUGGGAAAAGUGCUCAAGGACUUCUUUUGCAUGCCGGUGGUCAUCGACUGCUCGUGCAAGGAGUGUAAACCUGAAGCGUCUCCUGAGAUCGACUCCUCGAGCGUUUCUAGUGAAUCCGAGGUGUUUGUCACAGCACAAACAAGCUUGGUGUCACUUGUGGAAGAUGCCACACAAGACAACGUGGAGACUGCUCCUCCUAAAAAAGGAAAACAGAGAAAGGUGGCAAAAGCGGUGAAAAACUUCUUCUGCAUGCCGAUGGUCAUCGAAUGCUCAUGUGAGGAGUGUAAUCCUAAAUUAUCUCCUGAGCUCGAGUCCCGGAGCUUUGCUGGAGAAUCCGAGGUGUUUGUCACAGCACCAACAAGCUUGGUGACACCUGUGGAAGAUGCCACACAAGACAAUGUGGAGACUGCUCCUCCUAAAAAAGGAAAAUGGAGAAAGGUGGCAAAAGCGGUGAAAAACUUCUUCUGCAUGCCGAUGGUCAUCGAAUGCUCAUGUGAGGAGUGUAAUCCUAAAUUAUCUCCUGAGCUCGAGUCCCGGAGCUUUGCUGGAGAAUCCGAGGUGUUUGUCACAGCACAAACAAGCUUGGUGACACCUGUGGAAGAUGCCACACAAGACAAUGUGGAGACUGCUCCUCCUAAAAAAGGAAAAUGGAGAAAGGUGGCAAAAGCGGUGAAAAACUUCUUUUGCAUGCCGCUUGUCAUCGAAUGCUCAUGUGAGGAGUGUAAUCCUAAAGGAUCUCCUGAGCUCCUCAGAGGUAACUGAGGUGCUCCACUGGUAACAGUUUUUCUACAUACAGUAUAUAAGCCACAACCCCCCCACUCACAUUUCUAUAGGAUACAUUCAUAGCUUUUAGAACGUUAAUUAGCAUGUGAUUAGCUUUUAGCAUGUUGCCGUUUGUUGUCUUGGUGUAAAUUAGAUUUUAGAAUGUGGUGUUUGUUGGUUUUUCCCAGAUCUGUAUCAGUUAGCAUUUAGAAUGUUUGUUAGCGUUUGGCUUAGUUUAGUUUAGGGUUAUCAGGUGUUUGUUGGUAGGGCUGUCACAAUUAUUAAAUAAUCGUCACAUCGCAAUUAUUUCACAUAACCGCAAAUAUUGUGAAUUCUUUAGAAAACAAGGGUGAUCUGCAGUAUUUUACAUCCACCGUCCUUGAUCUUACAUUCACAUUCAAAUUUACAUUUACAUUUAGUCAUUUAGCAGACGCUUUUAUCCAAAGUCAAUUUCUCCAUCAUUUGAGUUGUAUUAGCUUUGUAUUUUUUUGUUGAUUAGUUUUGUUUCCAGACUUGCUCAUAUCUAGUUUAAGUGCUCAAGACAGUCUUCUCUGUUAAGGUCACUCUAUAGUAAUAUGUAGUUUUAGUAAUAUUUAAAUAUAUAGUUUCUUCGUUGAAUAAAAUUAUCAUUAAUAGUUACAUUGUCAAAGCCUUAAAACGGACAAUUAAUCGCCGUAACCGCAAUUAUUUAAUAGACAAUUAAUCACCAGCCAAAUUUCAUAACCGUGACGGCCCUAUUUGUUGUAUUUUGUAUUUUCAUGUGUACGUGAGCAUCCUCUACAUUAAUAUCAACUUCUUUUGUAUCCAUGUUUUAUCCCCGGGUUCCCGGGGACGCCUGAGAUUGACAGAUCCAGCUCCGGUUCGGCCUGAGAAUCUCGGCAUGAUGACCUUUCUCUCUUUUUUCUCUUUCUUCUCUUUUCUUUCACACUUAGCAACUGGUAGUAUUGCAAAUUCUGAUUCGCUUAAUAGAUGAUAGAUAAUUGGGCUAAAUAUGUAAUAGUAGCAGUAAAUUAUCUUAUAAUUCUAUAUAAUAUGAUGCAAUUCUUAAAGCAUUGUAGCAAGUAAGAGCCUUCAGGUUGACCUGGUAGAUCUAAUACGCUCAUCUCCAUCUCAUUCAGUUUUGAUACAUUUGUUUAAUAGCACUAUGAAUGUUAUGGUCUGAUUACAAACUAACGUAAUGUUUUGCAGUUAUUUUAUCCACCUAAUGAUUCAUUUGCUAUAAUACCAUAAUUUCUUGAUGCAUUAAUAUGUAUUUAAUUUAAAGUUGCAGUGUUAACCUGAAGGCUCAUACUAGUUGAAUAGAUUAGAAGUAGCAAAGUAAUAAUUAGAAGUAGCUCCCAGGUCAAAUACGGUAGAGAAAUCAUUUAAAAUACCUGUAUAUAAUCUCGAUAUUUUACCCGAAUUGUCUCAAUUCUCCAGAAUAUCUUGAUACUAUCACCGAAAAUGUUAACUCGGUCUUCUCCGAAACGCUAAACGCAGUUGCGCCUAAAGAAAAUUCAAGACGGGAGUCCAACACCGUGGCAUAAUAAUGAGCACACGCACGCUCUCAAGAGAGCAGCCUGGAAAAUGGAGCGUAACUUUAAAAAAAACAUAAUUAGAGGAAUUUCGCAUAGCAUGGAAGAAUAGAAUUUGAACAUGCAGGAAAAACAUCUAGAUCAGCCUUCUUUUCAUCCAUAAUAGAAGAAAAUCAGCACAACCCUAUGUUUUUAUUUAACACAGUGGGUAAAUUAAGAAAAAAAAUUGAUCAUCAGCGUCUUCAGAUGUUGGACAUCAGCAUAGUAUUAUUAUAUUAUAUUGCAACUGCAAUUAACUAUUAGACUUUUAGAUAGAAAGAUAUAGAUCAUGUUAAAUCUAUCAUCUACCUCUUUUAUUAUGUUUUUAGCCUAGUUGUGCAAGCACUGUCGUGCUUGUAGAGAUGCAGCAGUAGUGCCAGAGGAGAACUGGUUCCCCUGGCUGGGCCUGGGUUCUCCCGAGGUUUUUUUUCUCCACUGGAGUUUUGGGUUCCUCGCCACUGUUUGCACACUGGCUGCACUCCUUUUGCUCGCCGGGGGCUGCUGACAUCAGCUUUAGAAUUUUGUACUUAAGAAAUUUAUAGUCUGGAUAUUAUAUUACCUGUGACAAUGCUGAUCUACGAGAAAGACAACGGAGCUCAGAAUGAUAAAAUAGCGGUGUGUUCUGCAACGCAGAGAAGCGGAAGACAAAAAAGAAUGACCCUAAUAAAACGGCCUGCUUUUACAACAGAAUGCAUAACAUCUGCACUGAUUUCUUUCGCAUCCAGAGACAACCUCUACCUCCACUAGAAUAGUCUUUGUGCCAGUAACCAGGCUCAGUCAUCUCAUUGAAGCCUUAAUAAAAACUAAGGUUCAGGACAAGUAAAUUGUCCAUGCUGCAAAUCCCUUCAAAUAAUCAAACAAUCUAUAUUAAUAAUAAAAUAAUACACAGAAAGUAUGUAUGUGCAACAAUAACAUGCAUAGUAGUGCUAAUGUAAUGUCUUAACAUGAUAUACCUGUGACAAUAAGGGUUGUUUCUAUUUAAAUAGCUCUGUUCACACAUUUAGUGUAAGGGGGUCCCUGCCCCAUAUAUCUCUCAUCUAAGGGGUCCUUGCCCUUAAAAACGUUGAAGACCCCUGGUUUAAUGUAUUGCUUAUAGUUAUCAUGUUUUCAUGUACAGCUGCUUUAUGGAAAUGGUAAAAAGCGCUAUAUAAAUAAAAGUUGAGUUAAAAGAACAAUACGGGGUUUUUAGGAGGAUCUAUUGACAGAAAUGCAAUAUAAUAUACAAAACUAUUUCUUCAGAGGUGAAUAAAGACUUUACGUAAUGAACCAUUAAGUUUGUAAUACCUUAGAAUAAGCUGUUUAUAUCUACAUACAGAGCGGCCCUUCAUACAUUGAACUCGCCGCCAUGUUUUGUACAGCAGCCCUAAACGAACAAACAACUCUACAAUGCGCAUUUCCUCUUCCUCUCCGCUGCGGUAUCGUGGUGAAACGGAUCGUGGGAUGAUCCGUACGGACCGUGCUCUACGGUUCGGAACGCAUGUGACCCACGGAUUAACUAUACGUUUAUUUAUCAUUGAGUAAAAGAGUCAAACGCUCUCUCGCUCCAGUAUCUGGACGAGUACAAUAUUAAAGCGGUUCCAGAUAAACAAUGAGGCUCAAAACUGCUCCGUCACACAGCUAACAUUACAACAACAUAUCUUGGUUCUAACUAACAGAAAAAACAAUGUUACUCACAUACUGAUCCGAAUCAAAGCAACCUCAUCGGGGGUGAUUUAAGACAAUCUUUCUCUCCAACGACUCUGCUGGAAAGUAUCUCCAUAGAUAUCUUUGAGUAUCUCCGCUAAAAGACUUAGUACCGCGGGUCCUAACGCGUCUCUGCUGGAAAGUCCUUAUACUAUUAGCGCAGGUCCUAGCUCCUGCCUGACUUUUAUCCUUCUCUUUAUACUUAAAAUCCACAGACCUUUUAUUUUAUGUAAUAAAUAAGACAUCGCUGACGACAUCUUUUUGUACUGUGGUGGCCACCGUCGUGUUUAGACUGAGAGAUUCAUUGUAAAUCUAUAAUACAAGACUAGUGGCCGCUGUAAAUCAAAAACUGCGCCUUUAAGGAAAGUUGAUUGAGUACUGAACACAUUUUUCUUCAUUUUUUUUACUUGAGUUCAUGUGUCAAAGCUCUUGUGUAAAUAAACUUAUUUUUGAACUUGAA